CCUCACGCGGGGGCCCGGCUCAAGUCAAGAACGUUACGCACCUUCCGUAGCCUGCCUGCCGUGCGGAGCAGUGUUUCGCCAAGCGAGUUUAGGGCGUAGUUGGUUUCUGGGAAUAGGCGUAGGUAUUUUCGAGGGCCGCAGUUUGCGCAGCGCCCGGCCGCCCGUAACGUAACCGAAGCGGGCUGGGGCGGCGGCAGCCAUUUUGUGCCGGGAGCCCGGAGGAAGAAGACGCUGGUGUCUCCACACUUCACGGGCCCUGGAGUCGACCGAGAGCCCCGCCGUUCCCUCCGCCGACGUCCAGCGGGUCUCUGACCCACUGACCACCUCUUCUCCUUUUGUAUCCCACCAAAGAAGCGAGGUGGCGCAAAGCGAUUCCUCCGAGACACAGCCGCCUCUGGCUGGCCCGUCUCCUCGAACCCCCAGUCCCUCGCCGUCCCCACGGCCGGCGUUCCGCUGCCUCUCUCCCACCCCUCCGGGUGCGAUGAGAGGCUUCGGGGACCGGGGCCGCGACCGUGACCGCGGCGGGUUCGGAGCAAGUCGUGGAGGUCCUCUUCCUCCAAAGAAAUUUGGUAAUCCGGGGGAACGUUUACGGAAGAAAAAAUGGGAUUUAAAUGAGCUGCCCAAGUUUGAGAAGAAUUUUUACGUGGAGCAUCCGGAAGUGGCCAGGCUUACUCCGUAUGAAGUUGAAGAAUUGCGCAGAAAGAAAGAGAUAACAAUCCGAGGGAUGGAAGGCUGCCCCAAGCCCGUGUUUGCCUUCCACCAGUGUAGCUUUCCACAGUAUGUGAUGGAUGCUUUGAUGGACCAGAACUUCACAGAACCCACUCCAAUUCAGUGCCAAGGCUUUCCACUAGCUCUCAGUGGUCGUGAUAUGGUGGGCAUUGCGCAGACUGGCUCUGGGAAGACACUGGCAUACUUGUUGCCUGCAAUUGUUCACAUCAACCACCAGCCAUAUUUGGAGAGAGGGGAUGGCCCAAUUUGUCUGGUUCUAGCACCUACUAGAGAGUUGGCCCAGCAAGUACAGCAGGUGGCUGAUGAUUAUGGCAAAUGUUCAAGGCUGAAGAGUACCUGCAUAUAUGGAGGAGCACCCAAAGGUCCCCAGAUCAGGGAUCUAGAAAGAGGUGUGGAGAUCUGCAUUGCUACACCAGGUCGCUUGAUUGACUUCCUUGAGGCAGGAAAGACCAACCUUCGUCGGUGUACAUACCUGGUGCUGGAUGAAGCAGACAGGAUGUUGGACAUGGGAUUUGAACCCCAAAUUCGUAAAAUUGUUGACCAGAUAAGGCCUGACAGACAGACCCUGAUGUGGAGUGCGACCUGGCCAAAGGAAGUGCGCCAGCUUGCUGAGGACUUCCUGCAGGACUAUGUUCAGAUCAAUGUGGGAAACUUGGAGCUGAGUGCCAACCACAAUAUCCUGCAGAUAGUGGAUGUGUGCAUGGAAAGUGAGAAAGACCAUAAACUGAUACAACUGAUGGAAGAAAUCAUGGCAGAGAAGGAAAACAAGACUAUCAUCUUUGUGGAGACAAAGAGGCGAUGUGAUGAUCUCACUCGAAGGAUGCGCAGAGAUGGUUGGCCAGCUAUGUGUAUCCAUGGAGACAAGAGUCAGCCAGAAAGAGAUUGGGUGCUUAAUGAAUUUCGUUCUGGAAAGGCUCCUAUCCUCAUUGCUACCGACGUUGCAUCUCGUGGGCUAGACGUGGAAGAUGUUAAAUUUGUGAUAAACUACGACUAUCCGAACAGCUCUGAAGAUUACGUGCACCGUAUUGGCCGUACUGCACGUAGUACCAACAAAGGUACUGCCUACACCUUCUUCACACCAGGAAACCUGAAACAAGCCAGGGAGCUUAUCAAAGUUUUGGAAGAAGCCAAUCAAGCCAUCAAUCCAAAACUGAUGCAACUUGUGGACCACCGAGGAGGAGGAGGUGGUGGUGGAGGAGGUCGUUCUCGUUACCGAACGAGCAGUUCAGUAAACAACCCUAACCUGAUGUACCAGGAAGAGUGUGACAGGAGGCUCCGGGGAGUGAAAGAGGGCCGGAGAGACUCAGGUGGCUUCAGAGACCGUGAGCGUGGUGAGAGUUAUGCCAACGGAGCCAACAAGACCUAUGGCAGUGCCUACGGGAGCCCAAAUUCUGCUUUUGGGGCAGCACAGAGCCAGUAUGGUUACACUCAAGGGAGCUAUGGAGCAGCUGCCUAUGGCACGAGUGGCUAUGGCACUGCAGAGUACAGUGCUAGUGGCUAUGGUGCCAGCACCACAGCUGCCACCGCUGGGAGAACCUCACAGAGCACUACCCAACAGCAGUAUGCAGGGAUGGUGGGGCGCUCGGGCCAGCAGCCACAGCCGCUCAUGUCACAACAGUUUCCGCAGCCCCCUGCCACUAACGUGAUGGGCUAUAUGGGACAGACUGCCACCUACCAGUACCCCCCCCCGCCCCCUCCUCCACCCCCCUCCCGCAAAUGA